GACUGUCUGCUUUCUGGCAAUAGUGCAAUGGUGUAUCGACUGCCAAUAGCCGGGUCUAGGUCCGUCCAUCCCCGGUAGUUGUGUUGGUUGGAGCUGCUGAAACUUUGGCAUUUUUAUCAUAUUUUAAAAUGGAUCUCACUCAGCGGGUUGAAUGUGCUGACUUCCAGUUGUUUCAGGCUAAUUUAAAAUCAAUGCGAGAAAUUGAUGACAAAAUCAUCAACACAUUGAAUGCAAAACUUCCAACAGAUUUCAGAAGAGAUGAGGUGGACCCUUCAGCAACUUGUAGAGAAUUGUUUGCGGAUCUUACAGCAACAUAUACUCAACGUGAAAAAGUCAUAAAAGGAUGUAUUUCUUUUUCUGCCAACCGUAUUAAGAAUUUGGCCGGAGAGAAGGAGAAGGAUCCCAACAAUGUCUCUGUAAUUAAAGAUUUAAGGAGAGAGCAAACAACGUUGCGGAUGUUGCAGUCUGAACUAAGCGUUGAAGAAAUUGUUAAAGAGAGGUCUCUUAAAGUAUUUCAUGAACGUUGUAGAUCAUUUCUAUCUUAGCUCUGUCUUUUGUAGUGCUCAUUAGAUUUAAAUGUUUCAUAUGCUUUAUUUGAGACUGUAUUAGGACACAAAUGUGCAGUUUACUUUUUCAUUGUCUUUUUUGAAAUAUAUUGUGAGAUUGUUAAA